AUGGCAUUCAAAUAUCGUACUGUGUGUGUGUGCUUGGCGUUGUUCAUCUUCUGUGCUACUAGUAGCAUUCAGCCAACUAAGCUUGUGGACGAGGUCUGUCACUCAACUUCCAGUUACUCCUUGUGUGUGGAGUCUCUUUACACGGACCCACGCACGCCCAGUGCUGAUCGCUAUGUGCUUGCCUACAUCUCGUUUCGCUUAUCAUUCCUCAAUGCCUCCAGCACCCAAGACCAUAUAGCCAAGCUGCUCAACCACACAAAGGCAAAGGCAAAGGCAAAGGCAAAGGCAAACACAGGCCCUACCCAGCAAGUCCUCCGACGAUGUUAUCAUGAUUACAACAAGGCCGUUUCUGCUCUCUCAUCUGCCUACAACGACCUCAACUCGGAAACUUUCUCUGACCUCGUUGAUUGGGCAGGUGCUGCUUCUCUUGCUGCGGAUGACUGCCAAGUUGUUGUCAAGACAACUUAUCCUCCUUUGACCACCAUGAAUCUUGAUUUGAAGCGUCUUUGUGAAAUCUGCGUUGCUGUCUCUAAACUCUUUACUUGA